AUGCGUCCCGACAAGCCGCGCGAUCCCGUUACUGGCCCCGAUACUGGGCCUGAACCGCCAUUUCCUGUGCGCCUGUCCGGACCGGUGAUCAAAGGGUUUGGCCGAGGGAGCAAAGAUCUAGGAAUCCCCACUGCCAACAUCCCCGCCGAUGAUCUGUCGGAGAAAUACCCGGACUUGACAACGGGGGUCUACUAUGGCGUGGUUUCGUUGGAUCCCAAGACGUUUGUGUAUGAUGGGGCUCCGAGCGACGCAGCCACGCCUACGAUCCUCCCCGCGGUGCUGAGUAUCGGAUAUAACCCGUUCUAUAAGAACACAGUGCGGUCGGUGGAAAUCCACAUCAUGCCUCCUCUUGCUCAGCCAUCUCCCACUGCUGAACAAGCCAAUUUCAAUCGCCUGCCAGACUUUUACCAGACGCAGCUGCACUUGCUGAUCCUGGGCUAUAUCCGGCCUGAAUACGAUUAUAUUUCGCUCGAGGCCCUCGUCGAGGAUAUCCGGGUGGACUGCGAGGUUGCGCGACAGAGCCUAGAGCGAGAGGCAUACCGGCGCUAUUUCAGUGAGGAAAACCCGGCGUCGGAACCAGCCGACGAGGAUCGGCAGUGGCUGGUGAGGUUCGACUAA